AUGCAGAUAGAGUUGGAACCUUCCAUAUUUCCAAAAUAUCAUCACCGGUCUAAUUCUGUGGCGAGCUUGACGGUAGAACAGCGGAGACGGAAGUGGUGGAGGGAUGGUGUGACAAAUCUCUUAUUUAUCCUGUCAUGGUAUGUGUUCGCUACGCUACUAUCAUUAUACAACAAAUGGAUGUUCGGACCUAAAUACUUUGGUUUUCCUAACCCCUUAUUUGUCACUUCCGUGCACAUGUUCGUGCAGUUCAGUCUUUCUGCAGUUUUGCGAAGGUUUUGGCCAAGGCAGUUCAAGCCCAAGCAUCAGCCCACAGCAGAGGAAUAUGGGUGGAAAGCUGUGCCCUGCGCGGUCGCCACUGCUGGUGACAUCGGUUUUUCAAAUUUAAGCAUGAAGACGAUCACUCUGUCCUUUUAUACUAUGUGCAAAUCCUCCUCUCUCAUCUUUGUCCUAGCCUUCGCCUUCCUGUUUCGCCUUGAAAGCUUCUCAUGGCGUUUGAUAGCCGUCAUUAUGAUCAUCUUCACAGGCGUCGUCCUAAUGGUGGCCACAGAGACACAAUUCGAACUCAUCGGCAUGCUACUCGUUAUCUCGGCUUCAGCACUAGGUGGACUCCGAUGGGCACUUACUCAGAUCCUGCUGAGGAAAAAGGGAUUGGGAAUGGAUAACCCUGCAGCAACUGUAUUUUGGCUCGCGCCUCCUAUGGGCGUUACGCUUGUAUUCCUGAGCGGGCUGAUCGAAGGAUUUGGCGUGUUCUGGGAAAAGGCCUUUUUUGGUGGAAUUGGAGCUUCGUCAAGAACCAUUCUAUUCACUGUCCUCCCUGGGGUGAUUGCAUUCGUGAUGGUCAUGAGCGAGUAUUACAUCAUUCAGCGUGUCGGGAUGGUGCCUAUGUCAAUCGCGGGAAUAUUCAAGGCAAGAGAUCUCCAGAAAUUGGGUGGCUUAGAAGUUUCAACGAUCAUCCUUUCGGGAGUGGUGUACGGAGAUGACUUGACCCUGAUCAACAUGGUGGGAGUGGGCAUAACGGUUAUAGGGAUUGGACUUUUCACGUAUCACAAGUACGAAAAGUCGGUGUUGUCGCCUGUGCCAUUGGACACGCAUGAAGAAAGUGGAGGUGGCGAUGAAGAAGACUUGGAUGAGGCUGUGUCGGAGGAGGACGGGAUAUUGAUGACAUAUCAGGUAUGA